GACAGUGUGGAAGCUAUCUUUGAUGUGCAAUCAUAUUCUUAAAGGCAGGCGCAUGAAUUCAUGUUCAUUCUAUUGGCCUAUACGGAUUUUAGUUGUAUUAUUAUCUUUCAAUAAUUCGAUACUACAGUAUUGUUUGCAGUAAAUAUUUUUUUAAACAAAUAACAUUGGGAAAUAGAUUUGUACAGCUUUUAGAUAUGGAUUCUACUUUAAAUAUUGAGAAUGUCAAUGACCCAACAUCCAUUGCAUCUGAUUUAUCGGCCGAAAACACUAAAGCAGACCUUGUUUCGCUAAAUGAACCGAAAACCUAUGAACCCACAACCAUUGCGCCUGAUUUGAAGAUGGAAAACACAAAAAACAGCAUUCCAUCGCCAAUUAAGCCUAAUGUCAAUGACCAAACAUCCAGUGCAUCUGAUUUGACGGCCGAAAACACUAAAGCAGACCAUGAUUCGCUAAAUAAACCUAAGGAUUUUAAUAACCAAAUUCUGAACAUUAUAUCGGAUAUAGAUAUAAAUAUAAAAGCACAGGAAAAAAUAACACAGCUUAAAGAACAAGAACUAAAACUCAUUCAGAAACAGAAUGAUCUGGCAAAUGAAAUCCAUAAGCAGCAGAUCCUAGCUAAGCAGCUUAGUGCACAAAAUCAGCUUAAACAAAAUGAAUGUCAAAGUGGAGAGCUCGACUUACACAGUCAAUAUCAAAAUGAGCGCGGCGGACCCACCUCGACACUGUAUCAGGAAAAAAAUAUAGCCAGUAAACAGAUACCAGUUGUACAUAACAAUAUGAAUUGUACAGUAGAGAAAAAAAGGGGCUAUCGCCCAAGUGAUCUUAUUGAUCCUAGUAAACGUCAAUAUUUAUUAAGCCUCAGUAAGAAGCUUUGGCAGGAAAAGAAAGAAUCCGCUAAUGUGUCGAAGACGGUUGAUUUGCGAAAAAUAUUUACACCUGCGACCGAUGCUGCUGAAAUAUUACCGAAAAACCGAAAGCUAUAUGCCUCGUCUGCAUUUUAUUCUCCAACACUACACCCUACAGUGGAAGACCAAGUCGAGCUAGCUCGAAGAAUUUCACAUUCAUUAAGCGAUAUAAGUAAUCAAACCUCUAAGGGUCAGUCUAUGUAUGUCAAUCGCAAAAAACGCUCAGACAAAUGGGUUCAUGAAGGUGGAUCUCAAGGGAAUGAUGCUAUAAAUCCAUUUAAAGAAAAUUCUGAAACGAAAUCCACAAUGGAGGUUGCGAAGUUGGAAAAAAUACCGCUAAAGCUUAUAAUGAACCCAAACGGAAAAGUUCGUGAUUAUAAUUCGCUAAAAGAUUUAAUUAACGUUGAAGCUGGCCUUUUAUCGCCUGACAAUUGCGCUGAACUAAUAACUGCACUUCAACUUCAUCAAGGACGAGGUGCAGAACUUUUUGCGAAGCGCCGCAGAAAGGCUGAUAAUUGGGUAGUCGAUGAAUCCCAUUCAGGGACUCAAUAUCAUCCAUCUGGUAUUCCAGAUUUUCAGCAGUAUCAACAAAGGCCUGUUCUAAGUCCAAACAUUUUGCCGGCGUAUUCUGAUGCUGGAAAGCACCGCGUCCAAUUGAAUAUUCAUCAAAAUCAGCUAAUUGAGAAGUAUUCAAAACCAGGACUUCAAGUCGUUCAGUCUCCUUGGAAGGCAGCUUUGCAAACUGGUUCAGCGAGCUCAGCCUUUCUAGAGGACACCAAGAGUUUUUCACCGCCUGCCUUAACACCAAUUCCGUCUUCCCAAGCUGGUAGUAAGGACUGGACGGACGCUAAUGAGCCCAUGCCUCAUGGUUCUUCAAGGCGCAAUACAAAUGCCGUUGCUUCCUCGCCACGAUCAGUCAUUGUACCAUCGAAUCCACAAAGGGAUCUUGCAUAUACACCAUGCGUUGCUCAGGGCUGGGGAGGUCGAAGUGUAGAACUUCCAAAAGACUCUUUUCAAUCUAACGAAAGUCAAUCAUCAUGGCAGACUGAACCUCAUAUUGGGAGAGCAGAUGACAGCAAUCCUAGCUUUAAUAAUUAUAUAUUUGGAGAGAGGCUGACAUCUAACUUUGCUUUCGAUGUGCAGAAUCGAUUACAUUCCCUCGAAAAUUUUCAAAAAUACUUUUUGGAGUACCAGCGCCUUGAACUAGAAAUUUUACGAAACAGGGAAAGUUCUCGUGUCUUACAACACGAUGCUUAUGAAAGCCUUCUCGAUUUUACACCACAAAAUGAAUUUAAAGUAAUAAGUGGCGAAGACCUAAAAGUCAAUUGCGACUUAGAUGAGAAGGUAAAUGUGCGUGAAUUAAUUCAAUCUUUUGAGAAACAAAAUACAACGGAUCUAAGACAUGACGCAGCACCAAUAGAAGGCUUAUACGUUCCGAAAGAAAUAUCUCUCUCAAGUUAUGCAGCACCUUCACAGCAGUGCGAAAUUCACUCGAAACAUUUUGAAAGGCCAUACGAAGACACUUUUCCGCGCACGUUUCCAAGGAACAACUACUCAGCUAAUAAUAAUUUUCCUGGAAAUGAUGGUAUAGGUGAAUUUCCUUUAUCAAAGCCAACUGGGUUGACCACUGGAACACUACAUCAACAGCCCUACUCACCGACUAGCUAUAAAAAAACAGUACCUGGGCUCGAAAAAGUUGAGAAUUUUGCUAGGUAUGAACAGCCUGAUAGGAAAAGAUUGACGAGUGGAAGUCCACAGUACCUAAACGCGCUACAAAACUCUCAAGUACGCAACGCAUCGCCAAUACCUUUUGGAACUUCAUUAAAUGAACAGACUUCCUGGCCUCCAAGAUCUGUGCUGCUACAGGGAGGCUCUCCCUCUCCGCUGCCAAACCACGUGCAAACCUUUAACAAAUGUGCCAAGGGUUGGGGAUCCAUACCAGUCAAGCAACAGUCCUAUUCAAGCCAAUACAACUUACCUGGAAAUCUACCGUACUCUGAUUUUUAGGUUGCUUUAGCAAUUAAGCGAUUUACGACAUAUGCCAACUACUUACACGAUUAUAAAAUAUAUUUAAUGUGUUUGUUUAUUUGCCUUUGAAAAUUAUAAUAGUACUACAUCGAAAAAUAUAUGCAAUUGUUUCACCUGCC